UUCUUUUUAAUAUCUUAGGUCGGAAUUUGAGAUUUCUUUUCUUCAAUUUUUAAGCAGUUUUGAGCUUGUAUCAACUGUAAAGAGUGGAGCAAUAUAAUCAGCAACCAUGGGUGACAUGACAAACAGCGAUUUUUACUCCAAGAACCAAAGAAAUGAGGCCAACCAUGCAGGAGAGUUUGGGUGCACGCUGCAAGAACUGCGCUCCCUCAUGGAACUGCGAGGGACGGAAGCAGUAGUAAAAAUUAAAGAGACAUAUGGGGAAACGGAGGGGCUCUGCAGACAUCUGAAGACAUCACCAACAGAAGGAUUAUCUGGCGCUGCGGCAGACCUAGAAAAACGAAAGCUUAUUUUUGGGAAAAACUUUAUACCUCCAAAGAAGCCAAAAACAUUCUUACAGCUAGUCUGGGAAGCGCUACAGGAUGUGACUCUCAUAAUCUUGGAAAUUGCAGCCAUCAUAUCUUUGGGGCUUUCGUUUUACCAGCCACCAGGAGAAGGGAAUGAAGGAUGCGGAACCGCUACAGGAGGAGCCGAGGAUGAGGGCGAGGCUGAAGCUGGCUGGAUUGAAGGUGCCGCCAUCCUGCUCUCCGUCAUUUGCGUCGUACUCGUCACUGCCUUUAAUGACUGGAGCAAGGAGAAGCAGUUCCGGGGGCUGCAGAGCCGCAUUGAGCAGGAGCAGAAGUUCACAGUUGUCCGAGGUGGGCAGGUCAUCCAGAUCCCGGUGGCGGAGAUAGUAGUUGGUGACAUUGCACAGGUGAAAUAUGGUGAUCUUCUCCCUGCGGAUGGGAUAUUUAUUCAAGGAAACGAUCUUAAAAUUGAUGAAAGUUCUUUAACUGGAGAGUCAGACCAGGUCCGCAAAUCUGUCGACAAAGACCCAAUGCUGCUGUCAGGUACUCACGUCAUGGAAGGCUCUGGACGAAUGCUGGUAACUGCUGUGGGUGUGAAUUCUCAGACAGGCAUCAUCUUUACUCUGUUAGGUGCUGGAGGUGAAGAAGAAGAAAAGAAGGAUAAGAAAGAUUCUUCCCAUCCCUCCUCCCACCCUCCUUCAGCUACAGAUGGUGCAGCAGGUGCAAUUGCCACUGAUAAUGCAAAUGCCAGCUUAGUCAAUGGCAAAAUGCAGGAUGGGAAUAUGGAGAACAGCCAGAACAAAGCCAAGCAGCAGGACGGGGCUGCCGCCAUGGAGAUGCAGCCGCUGAAGAGUGCCGAGGGCGGAGAGGGAGACGACAAGGACAAGAAGAAGGCCAACAUGCACAAGAAGGAGAAAUCUGUCCUGCAGGGAAAGCUGACCAAGCUGGCGGUCCAGAUAGGCAAAGCAGGUUUGGUGAUGUCUGCCAUCACUGUAAUUAUUUUGGUACUAUAUUUUGCCAUUGACACCUUCGUGGUCAACAAGAAACCAUGGUUGCCUGAGUGCACACCUGUCUACGUGCAGUAUUUUGUUAAAUUCUUCAUUAUUGGUGUUACGGUGCUUGUGGUUGCUGUUCCUGAGGGACUUCCACUUGCUGUUACUAUUUCUCUUGCUUACUCUGUAAAGAAAAUGAUGAAGGAUAACAACCUGGUCCGCCACUUGGACGCCUGUGAAACGAUGGGUAACGCUACAGCCAUCUGCUCCGACAAAACAGGGACACUGACGACCAACCGCAUGACAGUGGUGCAAGCCUACGUGGGUGAUGUCCACUACAAAGAGAUCCCUGACCCCGAUUCAGUACCCGCAAAAACCCUUGAUUUGCUGGUUAAUGCAAUUGCUAUCAACAGUGCUUAUACGACCAAAAUUCUGCCACCGGAAAAGGAGGGUGGCCUGCCUCGGCAGGUGGGCAAUAAGACGGAGUGUGGCCUCCUGGGGUUUGUCCUGGACUUGAAGCAGGAUUAUGAGCCUGUGCGCAACCUCAUCCCUGAGGAGAAGCUCUAUAAAGUUUACACUUUCAACUCGGUGCGGAAGUCCAUGAGCACUGUCAUUAAAAUGCCCGACGGCAGCUUCCGCAUGUACAGCAAAGGGGCCUCUGAGAUCGUCCUCAAGAAGUGUUCCAGGAUCCUUAAUGCAGCUGGUGAACCUCGUGUCUUCAGGCCACGGGACCGUGAUGAAAUGGUGAAGAAAGUGAUAGAGCCCAUGGCCUGCGAUGGCCUGCGAACGAUCUGUGUGGCUUUCCGAGACUUCAGCAGCAGCCCAGAGCCUGACUGGGACAACGAAAACGACAUCUUAUCUGACCUGACUUGCAUUUGUGUUGUUGGCAUUGAAGACCCAGUAAGGCCAGAGGUCCCUGAAGCCAUAAGAAAAUGCCAGCGAGCUGGAAUUACAGUCCGCAUGGUCACUGGAGACAACAUCAACACAGCCCGUGCCAUUGCCAUAAAAUGUGGAAUCAUUCACCCAGGAGAAGACAUUGAGCAAGAACGGAUUGACAAAAUCUGGCCAAAGCUUCGUGUGCUUGCUCGCUCGUCUCCCACUGACAAACACACUUUGGUGAAAGGUAUUAUUGACAGCACACAGGUGGAACAGAGGCAGGUUGUAGCUGUGACUGGUGAUGGGACCAAUGAUGGACCAGCACUUAAAAAAGCUGAUGUUGGCUUUGCAAUGGGUAUUGCUGGUACAGAUGUUGCAAAGGAAGCCUCAGAUAUUAUCCUAACAGAUGACAACUUCAGUAGCAUUGUGAAAGCUGUAAUGUGGGGCCGUAACGUCUAUGACAGUAUCUCCAAAUUCCUGCAGUUCCAGCUCACUGUGAACAUUGUGGCUGUGAUUGUGGCUUUCACUGGAGCAUGCAUUACCCAGGACUCUCCUCUAAAAGCUGUACAGAUGUUGUGGGUCAAUCUAAUUAUGGACACCUUUGCCUCGCUCGCUUUGGCCACCGAGCCCCCGACAGAAGCCCUGCUGCUACGAAAGCCAUACGGCCGAAAUAAACCCCUUAUAUCACGCACCAUGAUGAAGAACAUUCUGGGCCAUGCUGUUUAUCAGCUUACUCUUAUAUUCACACUUCUUUUUGUUGGUGAGAAAAUGUUUAAGAUUGACAGUGGGAGGAAUGCACCACUUCACUCUCCUCCUUCAGAGCACUACACCAUUAUCUUCAACACCUUUGUCAUGAUGCAGCUUUUCAAUGAAAUCAACGCACGCAAAAUCCAUGGUGAAAGAAAUGUCUUCGAUGGCAUCUUCAGAAAUCCUAUUUUUUGUACUAUUGUACUGGGUACAUUUGCUAUUCAGAUAGUAAUUGUCCAGUUUGGAGGAAAACCAUUUAGUUGUUCCCCCCUGCAGCUUGACCAGUGGAUGUGGUGUGUAUUUAUUGGAUUAGGAGAACUUGUAUGGGGUCAGGUCAUUGCAACUAUCCCAACAAGUAGGCUAAAGUUUUUAAAGGAGGCAGGGCGGCUCACUGAAAAAGAGGAGGUCCCGGAAGAAGAGCUUAAUGAAGACGUUGAAGAGAUUGAUCAUGCAGAGAGAGAACUUCGACGUGGACAAAUUCUCUGGUUCAGAGGGCUCAACAGAAUCCAAACCCAGAUCCGCGUCGUGAAGGCAUUCCGUAGCUCUCUCUAUGAAGGUUUAGAAAAACCAGAAUCUAGAACCUCUAUUCACAACUUUAUGACUCAUCCUGAGUUUAGGAUAGAAGAUUCCCAGCCCCACAUCCCACUCAUUGAUGACACAGACCUAGAAGAAGACCCUGCUCUCAAGAAAAACUCAAGUCCACCAUCUUCUUUGAACAAGAACAACAGUGCUAUCGACAGUGGAAUAAAUCUUACAACUGACACAAGUAAAUCAGCUACCUCUUCUAGUCCAGGAAGCCCAAUACAUAGCCUGGAGACAUCACUUUAGCUGAAAAGAUCACCGCAAAAAAAAUAUCUAAAAAAUUAAAAAAAAAAAAAAAACAGCAACCGGAAUAUAUAAAUAUAUAUAUUAAAAACAUUGCUGGCUGAAAAGCUGUUUGAACUCUUAUUCUCUUUGAGACAAGUGAAUGAAUUGUUGAUCACAAUGGUUUUGGGAAAGAAUGAAUGGCUGAUUUACAUACCUGCUCUUGUUCCCUUUCAGAAAAACAGAAACAAUUCCUCCUGCAUGAAUGUACUGUACACUUCCAGCCCUUCUUUCUCUCUUUUUGUUUCUUUUUCUUUCUUUCUUUUUUUUUUUUCCUCCUCCUUAUGCAGGAACUGCAGAGGACUUCUUUCAGAGGCUAUUUAUCUAAUUCACUGGUCUGUGAGUUUUUUGAAAUGCUUGUGUGGCAUGGACUCAGUUGUAUAGAUUAAUUUAAAUAACUUUUUGAAGUUGCAAAGCUUAACUUGCACAGUAGAUUUGCACCAGUUGGACAGAGGAACUUAAACAUUUACAAGACUAUAUAUAGAGAUAUAUACAUAUAAGUAUAUACAUAAUUAAUUAUAUAUAUGUAUAUAUCUAUCUAUAUAUAUAUAAUUAUAUAUAUAUAAAGUUUCUUUGUUGGCAUGUUGCCUUGUUUCUGCUCAAAUUGCUCUGACUAUUUUAACUUAUUUAUGUCCUAAAAAAGAAUGUAAUUUGUUUACAAACCUGUAGAUAAUAUCCUUAACUAUUUGUAGGGUUAAGAAAGCACUUCCUGCCGAAGUAGUAUAAAAAUGGCUCAGCUCAUUGAAAAUGUCUGUAAUAUCACACCCUGGAUAUUUUAGUACAAUCGUGUUCUGAUUUCUGCCUUUUUUUUGUUUGUUUGUUAAAUAAUGUAGAUACUGCUAGUAAAUUAACAAAGAAGCCAAAAUAUAACAUAUUGGAUGUAGCAUUGUGGUCCUAUAUACAGGGAGGUAAAACAGGCUUCCUUUGUUUCAAAUAAAAAUCAGAAUGAUCAGGUUCUCUCUUUUCUUUUUCCUCUAAUAAAUUGCUUGAACUUGUUUUGGUGCAACAUAUGAUAACGGAGGCUGUUUCAUUCUUUAAACAUAUGGCAAUGGCUUCCUAAAAAUAUUUUUAGAGAGUUAGCACAUGAAACUGAGUUGAGUUUAUAAAUAAAGAUUAAAAAUAAGUUAUAUUUGGUUUGUCUAUAUGGAGAUCAAACUAAUUUUAAACUAUUGUGAUAUACUGUGUUAAUUCUUUUCAUUUAGUAUUUUAGGCAUUUAUUUCCUUAUGACUUACCAAGUAUGGGCUGUUGACAUUUUGGAUGAAAAUCACUGUAGGUUGUUGCUUUCAUUUUUCUUUUUAAAGAAAAAAACAAUUUCUGCACUAUUUAGAUCUCAAUGAAACUUUGUUAAUUAUGGAGAUGUGCUUUGUGUGAACUUUUUUUUUUAACUAAGCUUGUCUUCCUGUUGUCACAAAAUAUACUGUAACACAGUAAUACAUUGUUUUACCUUAUUAUUGAGCUUUCUACAAAGAAAGCUAUUUUGAAAACCUGCAGUAUAGAGAGUGAAAAAAUAUUUUUCAAGAUGGUAACAGCCCUGGUAAACUUAAAAUUUAUGAGCUUAUAUAAUUGCUAUGUCAACCACUUGAAUGCUAAGCACUUUGUGGAUCACAGAUUUUUCAUAAAUAAUUUUUGUAUUUAAUAUAAAGUUUGCUUGGAGACUUUUCAACAUAUGAUCUUUUCCAUAACUGUACAGUGCAAAAGACAUUUUGAACUACACAAUUAUGCCAGAUGUGUUGAAAUACACUCUCAAACUAGCUUGAUAAAUUGAUCUGUUAAGGUAUUACCAGCUGUGUAAAAGUUGGCUAAUAACAUGGUGCAUCUCUGCAGUCACAAGAACUAAUUCAAGCCAGAACUCUCCAAAACAAGAUUAGACUCAUGUCCAAACUGCAGACUGAACUGACUAAAAUGUUUUAAGGGUGUAUCAGGACUAUUCAGCCAGGUAAAGCUUGAAUUGCCAGCUUCCGGACUUUGUGUAGAAGCUUGAAUGUUUUUGGCUCAAACUUGUAGUUCACUAUCUGGUCCACUUCUCACUGAAGCAACAGCAGAACAGGUCUUUGAAAGCUAUACAGCUCUGUUUUCAACAGAUAGUCUUACCUAUUUCUUAACAGUAAAAAAAUCUAGCAUGAAUACGUAAUUAUUUUAGUUAAUUCCUAGCAACAAAGUGAUUGAAACUCAGUCAGGAUUGUUCUUCGCUUUGUAAAUAUGGUGAUUAACCUUUGUAUAACAUGUAUUGGGUUUCUAUGGCCUACUUGGGAUAUCAUAUUCAAAAGAAACAAAAGUAUUAUCUAUUUGCAGGGAAGCCUCUAGCUUUGGACUUGAACAUCUACAAAAGCUACCAAUACUGGAACGAUUUAUGUUCAGCAUCUUAACACUGAAUUUUUGCCUUUGUUUUCAAACACUUCCAUAUUUUUUCUUGGGUUUCUUUUUUUUUAACUUUUCCAAAAAAAGCAGGAAUACCGCUCCCUAAGGUACCAUUUGCAGACUUGAAAACUGUUAAGAAAACGAACACUGCAUUCUGUGUAUAUAUAGUAAAACAUAUAUAAACUGAGAUGCAUAGAACAUUUGGGCUUUUGUGAGCAGAGACUGUGCUUUAUGUAUAUGAUAAAUUAUAGAUUUUUUUUUUUAAGCAGAAUAGCUAAGACUUUUCAAAUACAAGUCGUGCGUCACAAUUCUUUUCUUUUAUUGCUUGACCUCUCUGUGAUGGGAACAAUGGAUCAAAAACCAAAAUGAUCAGUUUGUUAAAACUCCCUGCAAUAUAUAAAUGCUCGCUCUCUACGUACUGUACUUAGCAGCAUGAGAUUUGUGGACAACAAUACAGUGGUACAUUGGCAGUCCAUCCCUCUAGGGGUUAUUAAUAUAUGUUCAUUCAUCUUGUUUUUAUGAAUUUUUUUAUCUAGACAAUAAUUGUAAAUAAAGAACUUACUCUGUCUGUUCAUUUAAUACUAUGCAAAAAGGUUAUGCUUUCUAUUGUUAUUCUUAUUCCUACAGUGUGAUGCUGGAAUGUUUGUGGUUUCAAAAAAAAAAAAAAAGACAAAAGUAAGUAAAAUAUGUGAUGUAAAUUAUUUUAUAGUUUGAAACAAAAUGAUAAAGUUUUACUCUUGCUGCUUACUGUCUAAUAGAUCUCUCUUGGCAGGAGCACAAGUGGAAAAUUUAAAGAAAUAAAUUCACAAAGCAGCAUGAACAAUAA